AACGCUGAGUUUUUAUAAUCCAUUUUCUCUCCUUGCAUUCUCUGCAAAUUUAUCUCUCAAAGAAUUCCUUUGUGACGUCCGUUCGAUCUGAGCCAUGUCUUCUGCUGCCGCCGUUGAUCCGCCGGCUACUGCGGCGCUGGAAGUGAAGGUGACGAAUAAGAAAAGCCAAGUCUCCAAGGCUAAGAAACCCAAAGCCGCAGCUUCUCACCCUCCUUUCCUUCAGAUGAUUACUGAGGCAAUUGUGACCUUGAAGGAGAGGACAGGUUCGAGCCAGUACGCCAUAACCAAGUUCAUCGAAGAGAAGCACAAGCAAUUGCCUGGAAGCUUCAGGAAGCUUCUGCUUUACCAUUUGAAGAAGCUUGUGGCUUCUGAAAAGCUCGUCAAGGUCAAGAACUCAUUCAAGCUCCCUCCCACUCGCUCUGCUCCGGUUAAAUCUUCUGCUGCUGCUGCCAAGAAACCGGUCGCUGCUGCUUCGAAACCCAAAGCCAAGCCGGUUAAGUCUGUGGCAAAGCCGAAACCCAAGUCGAAGCCUGGAGCUGCUACUACGAAGCCCAAGGCUAAAGCUCCUGCCAAAACCAAAGCUGCUGCGAAACCUAAGGCGGUGGCGAAGCCCAAAGCUGCUGUGAAGUCGAAAGCGAAGGCCAAGCCUGCGGCCAAGCCAGCUAAAGUGGCGAGGACAUCGACUGUAACUUCGCCGGGAAAGAAGGUGGCUGCGGCGAAACCGAAGAAGGUGACGGCGGCUAAGAGCGUCAAGAAGGCAAAGAGCGUGAAGAAGUCGCCGCUGAAGAAGGCUCAGCCUAAGAGGACAAAGAAGUAAUGCUCAGUUGUGUUUGUGUUUGUGUUUGUAUGGCAAUUCUGUAAAUUCGUCGGGGAAAGGGGGUGGUUUCUGAUCGGUUUAGAACCAAUAGUUUCUGUAACACACAGUAUUAGAUUUUUCUUUUUUUUUUUUGGUUUCUUUUUUUUUUUUUUUAAAUUUUUGAUCAAAAUAGCUGUAAUCGGAUAUCUGAAUCAGCCAUUAAGUAAAAUCUAACGGUUUUUCUUUUCGCAAUUA